AUAGAUCUCUAUCCAUCAUCAUGAAGUUUAUAACCACUAACUUUGUCAAGUGUGCAGUAAAAACCUGUUCCAGCUCCGACAAAGCAUUCCCAUUGAAAUACGAAGAAUGUCAAGUUGUUUUGGAUGAGCAACAAGAAUUUAAUCCUGAAUUUAUUGUUCACAUGCUCGACAAACUUAACUGGGAUGCCCUUGUCAAAGUUGCACGGGACUUGGGAAAAACAGAUUUACCAACACAAAAACCAGAAGGAUUGGACCCUAUAAUGGAAGAUGAUGCUGCAGUAUUGCGGGACCUACACAGUCUUUUGAUCCAAAGUAAUAUUGUUGAAGGUAAGAUGGUCUGCGAGAAUUGUGAACAUAUCUAUUUUAUCAAGAACUCAAUUCCCAAUUUCUUAUUACCACCUCACUUAUGUUAGGUUGAGAUGAUACCAAGUAUAACCUUGUUAUGGCACCCAUAGCAAAACUGUCUUGGUAUUCACGUGACGUACAUAGAUAAUGAACAUGAACAAUUUGGGCAGGU